AUCCCCUCCUUCAAAAUAGAUUCGAAAAAGACCUCCCCCAACUGUGCCAAAGACAAUUAUCUCUUCCAAAUAUAUUUCGAUUUCCCUCGGGUCAGGCCAUUUAACUCACAAAGAGAGGAUAUUGGUCUUUGAAGAGUUGAUCUCUGAUGUCAAUAUAGCUAAAAUCAUGGCACCGUGAUUGUCCCAACUCUUCUUGAAUUUCUCAAAUAGCAUAAACUAUUGUAUCCUCUCCAUAUAAGCCCCUCAAAACCUCAUCGUUUUCUUCUAUAGCCAAUACAGUGCUUAUGAAAAAAAAUUGUCAGGGAAGCCACGUAAUUGACCUGAUUUUGAUUUGGCCUGAGAGCUUGAUGGUUGGGGGUCGCUCCUAGUCUCCACCGAAUGCUCGAAUUCAAGUAUAGACCUCACGCCAAUAGCCUUCUUCAGAUAACCCACAUAACCCUGCAAUUUUCCUCCCCCAGCGGUAUAUAUGUUCUAAAAUCUUAAUUUAUACUCCAUAAAUCAUACACAUCAAAACUGAAAUUGGAAACCAAUCCUCAUUUUCAACAAAAUACUCAUAAGGAGUACCACCAUUGUUAAGUGUUACUUACACUGAACUCAAUAUAAGAAGUAGAAGAAACUCACACAUCCAUUCAAUUGUUGAUCGGCAGCUUCAACUUCCUCCGCUGCAGACAUUUUCACAAACCUAAAUUAUCUGGCGGCGACGGGCUGCGACCAUUCAGAAGAUGCGGCAACAAUGGGACUGCGCUGCUCCUCUCGUCAUCAUCUCCCAAGUUGUUGUUGUUGUUGUUGUUGCUGACCACAACAACAACCCUACGGCACAGAGCCACAGAGAACAGGUUUGGUUCUUCCUCAACCAGACAAGAAUACAAUCUUUGUGGAAUACAUGGGAACAACAAGGCUCCAGGCGAAUGAUCCCUUCUCCUCCAGCAAGUUCUGCCAGACACACCGCACAAAUCUCCUCCUCGCAACUCCCACCUUCCCACUCUUCAGACUUCAGCAUCCGAACAUUGCUCUCCGACAGCCCCAUGGGCCCACCAAAACCACCACUGUCAUCAUCAAAGUACACUGUUUUAAAUCGACAGAGACAUGUUCGGAUGUUGAAGUCUGAAGAGUGGGAAGGUGGGAGUUGCGAGAAGGAGAUUUGUGCGGUGUGUCUGGCAGAACUUGCUGGAGGAGAAGGGAUCAUUCGCAUGGAGCCUUGUUGUUCCCAUGUAUUCCACAAAGAUUGUAUUUUUGUCUGGUUGAUGAAGAACCAAACCUGUCCUCUGUGCCGUAGGGUUGUUGUUGUGGUCGGCAACAACAACAACAACCUGGGAGAUGAUGACGAGAGGAGCAACGCUGUCCCAUUGUUGCCGCAUCUUCUGUAUGGUCGCAGCCCGUAGCCGCCAGUUGAUUUCGCAUCUUUCUUGCCACAUAAUCUUUCUAUCGUUGUCAAACAUAUACUCCAUAUAACCUGAAGAGUUCACCCUUCCAAAAUUAAAUCCAUGAGUGAUCUACGAAAAAUUAUAAACCACCAAAGCUCAAGGAAGAAAUUGUGAAAAAAACUUGGAAUAAACAGUAAUGCCAGAGCAACUAAAAGCCUCUAAAAGGAGUCCCUAACUUAUGCUAAUCCAAACUAAAAAGCAGAAACAUCCAAACAAAAAACUAUUAUGACAUCAUGUAGGACUACUGACUUUUCUUGAGAACCUACUCCCUCGUUUCUUCUAUUUUGAUUUUCAAACUUAGAGUAGAACAUGUCAAAAACAGUCCCCAUUGCAUAACAUUC